CGACAGUUAUCGACCGCGGUACACGGUACACAGAACCUGUGCGCGCCACUGCGCGAUGGGUGAUCCAACCGACUUGGGCACCGGUUUCAUUCGAGUAUUGGGAGGCUACUGCGCUCAACGCGCGAACAACGGCCGAAUCCAUUAAACCCUACCGUCGCAAAUCUCGACCAGUCCUUCCCUCGUCGACACUAUGUCAAAAACCGUCCGGCUGGGGAGCCGGCUACGGUACCCCAUCACCGUCGUCAAGCUCCACAAAAAACCCGGGGACAGGAUAAAGAAACAAGAAACCCUCAUGGAAUAUUCGUUCAAAUGGUGGAAGGAGGUUGGCGACUCCAUCCGUGGCGAGACCUGGAAAGAAGAGCAGACGACCAUCGUGACAUGGGACUCCCCGAGCGAUGGCGAGCUGAGGCACUGGCUCAUCCGCGAAGGCCAGCACAUCGUGUCCGACACGCCAGCUAUGGAGGUCAAGGAGGAUUGCCCACACGAGAUCCAAUUCCAGGGCCUCUGCGGCAUGUGCGGCAAGGAUAUGACCGAAGUCAACUGGGCGACCGAGACUAGCGACACGGCGCGUGCUCCCAUCAACAUGGUGCACGACCAGACUAACCUGACCGUCAGCGCGGUUCAAGCUCAGCGCACAGAACAGGAGCUUCAGCGGCGCCUCCUCAAGAGCCGCAAACUGAGCUUGGUAGUCGAUCUGGACCAAACCAUCAUCCAGGCCUGCAUCGACCCAACCGUGGGCGAGUGGCAGAAGGACCCAACCAACCCGAACCACGAGUUGGCCAAGGAGGUCAAGAGCUUCCAGCUGGACGACGGUCCGACCGACUUGGCGCGACGAUGCUGGUACUACAUCAAGAUGCGCCCGGGGCUCCAGGACUUCUUGAAGCGCAUCGCCGAGAUGUACGAGCUGCAUGUCUACACCAUGGGUACGCGCGCAUACGCACAGAAUGUGGCACGCGUUGUUGACCCAGACAAGAAGCUAUUCGGUAACCGCGUCAUCAGCCGCGACGAGAACGGCAAUAUCUUCGCCAAGAGCCUGCACCGGCUCUUCCCAGUCAGCACUCACAUGGUGGCCAUUAUCGACGACCGGUCCGACGUCUGGCCGCGUAACCGACCUAACCUGAUCAAGGUCUCGCCUUACGAGUUUUUCAAGGGCAUCGGGGAUAUCAACUCCAACCUCUUACCGAAGCGCCAGGACCUGCUCACGUCGGGCGCGACGGCCAACGGGGCGAAGAAGGGGAAGAAGAGCAAAGCAUCCGAGAACCAAGAGGUCGCCGUCGCCGGAACCGACGACGGCGCGUUGACACAACAGCAGGUCGAGGAGCAGGAGCGCGCGCUCGAGAAGCAGAUCAAGGACAGGCCGCUCCAGGUGCUCCAAGAGCAGCUCGAUCGUGAGGACGAAGAGGCUGAGAAGGCGACCGUUCAAUCGGAUGACGGUUCCGAGUCACGCUCGUCGUCCCCUGCUCCACAGCGCCAUCGCGUCUUGCAGGACGACGACGAGGAGCUCAAGUAUCUCGAGCAGCACCUCACCGCCCUCCAUCGGGCCUUUUACGACGAGUACGACAGAAAGCGAGCGGCGCAUGAUUCGUCCGCCGACGUCGACCUCGACUCAGUGCCAGACGCCGGGCGUAUUCUCGACCAGCUCAAGAGCACAGUCCUACAGGGCAAGAAGAUUGUCCUGUCUGGCUUACUGCCAAGGGACAUCAACAUAUACCGCUCCGAGCUCGGCCUCCAGAUCAUGUCCUUCGGCGCGGAGCUCCUCACCAAGGUCAGCCGAGAUGUGACACACCUCGUCGUCAAUGCCGCGCAGCCGGGUAGGGAGAAGCUCCUCCAAGCCCGGCGGCGACCUCACAUCAAGAUUGUCAGCCAGGAAUGGCUAGCUGCCUGCUUCAGCCAGUGGAAGGCCGUCGACGAGUCGCCUUACCUCUUCACGGCGCGCCUCGUCGAAGAGGACGAUCCGGAACACAAGCAGCUCAUCGCCAGUGACGAGGACGAAGACGAGGUUGAAGACACGGACACCGAAGCCGACAGCAGCGGCAGAGGCCUCAACGGUGAAACUAAUGGCACCAGUCCCAGGUUAAAACUCAUAUCCCCGACCGGCCAGACCCACACGUUCAAGCUAAAGAAGAAUGGCGAAUCCGCCGACGACGAAGAGAGCGACCCGGGCGAUGAUGAUGAUGAUGAUGAGGAAAUUGAGGAGGGCCUCCUCCCCGAUGAUCUUCCCGACGGCCAGUCGUCGCCCAUCGACGGGCUCAAGACAUUCAACUGGGGCUCGGCGGACGAGGAGCUAGCCGAGUUUCUGGCGAGUGGGUCGGACGACGAUGACGAGGACGAGGACGAAGAUGAGGACGAAGAAGGCGACGGCGAUGACGGCGAGGGCGAGGGUGAGAAGGAUGGCGACGACAACGGGCCCCGCGCCGAAGAGGACGAAGACGAGUUCGGCUCCUCGUCGCUGGGGGAGGAGGAUGGUCGGAGGAGGAGGAGUAAAAGUGCUAGCCCGUCCACUGGUGGUGGUGGUGGCAGUAGCAAGAAGAGGAAGGAUCGUGACGAAGACGACGAUGACGGUGGAGAUGGCGAGGGUGAAGGCCAAGGGGGAAAUGGCACGCCUGCGAAGCGCCUGCGCAGGACGGAGAGCCAACACGGGUCGUCGCUGCGGAGUCUCUAUCGUGCGGGGGAGAAUGGGAGCAGCUUGCCGACGCCGGGCAGAUCGGACAGGCAGGAUGCGGAGAUGGAGGGCACGGAGGACAGUGCCGUGGAGGAGGAGGGUGACGAGGUGGAGGGAGAAGAGGACGAGGAGAUGGAGUUUGAUGUCGCCGAGCUCGAGGCCGAGUUCGAGGCCGAGUUUGGCAAAGCCGAGGCCGAACUGGAGGCUCAGAUGGCCGCCGAAGAGACGACGUCUGGCGCUGAAGGGGAUGUGGGUACGGAGAAUGGCUAGUAGGCCCUCCUAAUUCCCGUGAAGGAAAGGAUGUUUUGAGGAACAACGGGUCCGAGAUAUGUUGUGUUUUUCUUUUUUUUUUUUUUUUUUUCUACGGCGCUUUGUGUUACAUACAUAUGGGACCAGCGUGGGCGGGUUGUUGGACGGAGUUGACUGAGAUUUAUCGUGCAGAUUAUGUAUUGUAGCCCGUAAUGCACUGGCAUCUUUACAGCCUCGAAUUUUGACAUUUAUACUCCUCAGACUCGCGGACUUGGUAUAUGUG